UCGCGCCGACCGCCCCUCUCGCUCCACGCAACACGCGCGCGCCCUCCGCACCACCUCAAGCACGCUCAUCCCGCCCUCCUUGUCCUCCCCGUACUCCUCGACCGAAUCCGCCACGAUGAGCGUCUGGCUCCUCGUCCGCACCGUCCUGUACGCCGUCCUCGCCGUCAGCUCGUUCCUCGCGUGGGUGCUCGCGGCCGCCUUCAUCGGCAAGACCGAGUCGGACCUCGACGUCUACUUUGGCUCGGCGGCAUGCGUCCUCGUCGCCGGCCUCCUCGCCAACUUCACCGUCCCGGUCCUCCACUUCUUCUUCCACCGUCGCGCCAAGCCGUCGCCCGUCGCCUGGCUCGCCACCGAGCUCGCCGUCGUCUUUGUCCUGUGGGCGCUCUUCCUCGGAGGCGCCGCCGGCAUGGCCGACCGCAUCCCGGGCCUGUCGUCGAGCUUCUGCAGCGGCAGCCUGUGCUCGCUCGGCCGCGCCGUCGAGGCGUUCGCGUGGAUCAGCUGGGUCACCCUCACCGUCCUCCUCGUCGGCCUCGUCACCUUUGGCGCCCUCGCCCACAAGCGCCACGGCCCGAACGUCUGGAAGGCGCCCUUCUCGGCCGACCUCGGCGGCGGCGCUCCGGGCUCGGCGGCGGCGGGCGCGCAGGAGAAGGGCAUCAGCAACACGUCGACGACGGCGGCUGCGAGCCCGAACGCCAACGCCCCUGUCGUCACCUCGUCACCCGUCGUCCCUGCGCCGGCGGCCAACUACAACGAGGCGAGGCCCGCCGAGGUGACGGCCGUCUGAGCGGCGACGUCUCGGCGCUCGACCCCUCGUCCUUCUUCUCAUAUCCCUCUCCCAGCCUUUCCCUCUGUGCCCUUUGUAUCUAGCUCUCCCCGUCUUCUCGAGUUUUGCUCUCUCCGUAGCCUUUCCUGCGCCUGGUUCGCAAUCGAGUCGGCGCCUCGCUUUCUCUCUCUCUCUCUCU